AUGAGUCGCCAAAUUGGAUCAAAGAAGUAUCGUUCCUAUACUGUUGACACAUUGCAACAUGCAGUGAACCUAAUUCGGAGUAAAUCCAUGUCACUUAAUCAGGCAGCUGCAUCCUUUGGUAUUCCAAAGAGCACUCUAUCCGACAAAGUAAACCAGAAGACCGUAAUUGGUUGUAAAUGCGGCCCAGCUACCAUACUUACUGCAGAAGAAGAAUCUACUCUUGUAGAUUGGGCUCUACAUAUGGCCAAAGUUGGGUUUGGACGAACCCGUAAUGAAUUGUUAGACACAGUAAAGGUUAUACUGGAUAAAGAUGGUCGACCAAACCCAUUCAAAAAUAAUCGGCCGGGAAAAGACUGGUAUUAUGCAUUUGUUGAAAGGCAUCCUCAAUUAGGAGAACCAACACCACAACAACUUGCUAAAGAACGAGACAUUAUUACCCCAGCUAAGAUUGAAAGCUGGAUUCAGGAAUUCUGUAAUUUUAUGGCCGAGGAGGUAUCUGAUUCUUCCAUAUGGAACAAUCCCGCUCGCUGGUUUAACGCAGACGAGUCGGGAUUUCCAUUGUGUCCAAAAAGUGGUAAAGUUUUGUCGCCAAGGGGUGUUCCGAAUAUAUACAACUUCACUGCUUCUGAUAAAACACAAGUAACUGUAUUAGCAUGCAUGAGUGCGGCAGGUCAGUAUGUAAAACCUUUGAUUGUUUAUCCAGGUGUAAGGUUUAAUUAUAACCCUCUUGAAGGAUUUGCUGACGCUGUCUUUGGUAGGACAGAGUCCGGAUGGAUGGACUCUGAACUUUUUGUUACAUGGCUAACUGAGGUAUUUGAGCCUGCGCUGUCUGAAAGGGAAAUCAGAAGACCUGUAGUCCUGUUUGUAGAUGGUCAUUCUACACACUGCACAUUAGAGGCCUCCAAGUUUUGUAGAGAUCACGAAAUAAUCCUUUACUGCCUACUUGAGCAUGCGUCCCACCUGCUGCAACCUUGCGACCUGAAACUAUUCAGCUCACUGAAGGAUUCCUGGAAACAAGCAGUACGUGAUUUCCAAAUAGCCAACAUAGGAGAAUAUGUCACAAAACAAAAGUUUGCGGCCGUUUUUAAGCAAGCCUGGGAAAAGUCUACAACUGUUGAUAUAGCUGUAAAAGCCUUUCGUGACAGUGGACUUUUUCCAAUGAACCCAAAGAAGGUUUUAGGUACUAUUAAGAUGGAACCAAGUACAAUCUUUUCCAAGGCCGAUACAACAGAAGCUGCAGCAUCUUCCCAGGCAAGUCCAGCAGCUACAAAUAGAGGUGACAGCACCUCUGACAAAGUUGCCUCCGACCACCCACCUGAAACACUCGUGUCAGAUAAAAGUAGCAGCAGUUGUACAUCUAAAUCUGAAAGUCAUGUCACGCCUGAUUCUCAUGCAGACACCAUUCUUGCAACCAACUCCGUUGAGCGUGUUUCAGGUGAUAACUUACCUCAAGCAAUAGCACCUAUUAUGUCGUCACCUUCUCAAAACGUAUCACCAGCCUUCACAGAUGUGUUGAAAUUUCCAAAAGCAAAACAAUCUGCUUGCAAAAGUAAACAAAAGCGAAUACCACUCCCAAAAGCAAUAUCUGGUAAAAAGUUUCAUGAUCUGCUUGAACAAAGAAAACAAAUUAAACAGGAAGAAAAUGCUAAAAAAGAAGCAAGUAAAGUUAAAAGAGAGGAACGCAAGAAGGAGCGAGAGGAGCAGCUGAAACAAAAGCAAAAGGAUAAAGAAGAAAAGAAACUACAACGAGAACAGCAGAAGGAAGAACUAAAGAGAAAAAAACAAAUUGAAAAAUUAGAGCAAGAACUUAAAAAGAAACGGAAAUCAAAGGAUUCUGAUAUAGAUAGUACAGAUGAAGAAAAUGAAGCUAUUGAAAUCUCCCUUGCUGAUGAUGAAAUGGCCGAUGUAGAAACAAGUUUUUCUACCACCAAAUGCUAUUCUUGUGACCAGGCAUUUGAUGGAGACUCCGAAAACUGGAUUACAUGUCACAAAUGCCCACGUUGGUUACAUAGAGCUUGUGUGAAAACAAUUGAUUUGCUCUCAUUGUCUGAAUGUGAAAUUGCAGAUUUACAAUUUGAAUGUGACUACUGUUGA